AUGGACGCAUCGCCACUACCGGUUCAUCCAGAACCCCUAAUUGGCGACGAUAACUUACCUCUACCUGAGAUGAUGUUUGCGGCGGGUGAAGAACCAGUUGGAGUUAGAGUUCUUACUUACCAGUCCUCCAGAUCCAUUAAUCACAUCCUUGAAUCGCUCGAAGACGAUGAGAUCCAGACAUUAAGGAUGUCCCCCUUUUGGAAGAUUGUGGAGAUAAGCGAGAAACCAAGUUUCUCUGGAAGAUUUGCUCGAUUCAUGCUUUCACGGCAGCUAAAAGUGGAGAAGAAACACGAGGCUUGGUUCCGUUUUGCUGGGAAACCAAUAAGGUUUUCGAUUCGGGAGUUUGCAAUUGUUACGGGUCUAAACUGCGGGAAAUAUCCAAAAAAUUGCAAAAGGAAUGCGAAGGUGAAGAGAAAGGCAAAACCGUAUUGGCCGGAGUUAUUUGGCAGAAGCGAUGAGCUUCGGGUAACAACAGCUUUGAAAAAUCUCCGGAGAAAAACGAUAACAGAUAAAGAAGUGAGGAUUAAGUUGGCAUGUCUGGCGAUCGUGUUUUCGGUCAUACUAGCUACGAACUUGAAGAUGAAGAUGAUUAAAGAACAUGCAGAUGCAAUGGUUGACUUGGAAGAGUUCUUUUCCUUUCCAUGGGGUCGCCUAGCAUUUGAAAUGCUUAUGGGGAGUAUAAAACAACGAAACGAGGUCUCGUUAUCAACCGAUACAAUUGCUGUAAAAGGUUUUGCCUUGGCUCUGCAACUGGUUAUGGUCGAAGCUGUACCAGCUCUUACCGAAGUGGUUCUGGAAAGUUACUCAUCUUCUGACUCAGACAGCUCCGACGAUGGAGAUGAUUUCUUUCAGAAGAAUAACAGACAGAAAACACUGAGCCUCGGGCAUGCGCGAGACCUAGACAAAACAAAAGAUGUUGUAGUAAGAAGCAUAAUCCCUGAUGAUCCGGAUAGACCCAUAAUCGCUGAAUCUCUACAAUGGGAAGACGAGGUGAUGGACGUGAAAGUCGAUAAUCUGUUAAAGCUUAUAGCUGAAGGGUAUUCUUUCACCGCUGAGAUGUUCAAAGGAGGCGCAACAAAAGCUGACGUCCAAAGAAUGCGUGAGAUACACGCAGAGGGGGGGAAGCGGAAGAGGAAGAGUAUACCUGUGAAAGAAAAAGAAACGGACGAGGAGAAGCGUAUCGCUUCAAUUGUUUCGGCGAUGCUGCAAAGUGAGUUUGAGAGAGUCGAUGCAAGUGUAGCCAACGCCGUUUCCUUGUCGGAUAAAACAUCUGCGGAAGUGGAAGCCUUAGAGAGAAGGAUAAUGGUAUCCAUUAAAAAUGAGCUUCAAAACUUCAAAGAAGAAGUCAUCCGCUCUGUAAUGGAAGUCCACAACAAAGCAAACGCGACAACAGUUACGACGGGGCCCAACGUGAAUAGUUCGAACAAUGAAGUGCGAGAAGGUGAUAACGCCGUGCCUCAACGUGACCCUUACGCGGGUGACCGAGGAGUAGAUGCGAGGACAUCUACAGCGGCAAAUCCGGCUUCGCCUUUCCCUUUUGUUGUGCAGCCAAACGUCCCAUCCUCGCAUGAUCCCCCUUUAUCAGCUACUAGUGAAAACAAUGGAUCUACCAAAAUAGCGGUGAAAUCCUAUCUCUUCUACAAAAUGCCUAUUUCAUCUGCUCGUUUGAGAGAAGAGCAGAACCCCUCCCCGUCUGCGACUGGAUUCGUACAAAGUAUUGACACAGGGUUGGAGCAUGGAGAGGAAGAUGCAAAUGAGGAGGCACUUCUACCUCCGUCAUCGCCCAAAACCAAGCGCCAUAAGAGUCUCCCAUCGGAUGCCGUGAGAGAAACCAACCCUCGGAGUGAGAAUCUUACCGUUAAUCCACCUGAUGCUAAUCCUUUCAAUGCGUACUCCGACAUUGACGUAGUAAUGUCUAAAUAUACGAAGCUCUGUCAAAAAUUAAGCCAGUCAUUGUAA